AUGCCUAAUAUUAUAAAUGAUAUCAAAUUAGACUUUAAAGAUGUUUUACUACGUCCAAAAAGAAGUACAUUAAAAAGUAGAUCAGAUGUUGAUUUAUUCACAGAAAUUACAUUUCGCAAUUCAAAACAAACUUACAAUGGAAUACCUAUAAUCGGUUCAAAUAUGGAUACAGUAGGAACAUUUGAAAUGGCAAGAGCCUUAGCAAUGCAUGGUCUGUUUACUACAAUCCAUAAAUAUUAUUCAGUAGAAGAAUGGGAAGAUUUUGCUACCAGAGAUCCUAAAUGCCUUAAGUAUGUAGCUGCUAGCUCUGGCACAGGAAACGAAGAUUUUGAACGGUUGUCAAAUGUUUUGACAGCUAUACCAGAAUUAUCUUUUAUUUGUUUAGAUGUUGCUAAUGGUUAUUCUCAACAUUUUGUUGAAUAUGUUAGAAAAGUGAGAGCAGAGUUCCCUAAUCACACAAUAAUUGCAGGAAAUGUGGUUACUGGUGAAAUGGUAGAAGAAUUAAUAUUAUCUGGAGCUGAUAUUAUAAAAGUUGGAAUUGGUCCUGGAUCUGUCUGUACUACACGAAUGAAGACUGGUGUAGGAUACCCACAAUUAAGUGCUGUAAUUGAAUGUGCAGAUGCUGCUCAUGGUUUAAAAGGACACAUUAUUUCUGAUGGCGGUUGCACUUGUCCAGGUGAUUUAGCAAAAGCUUUUGGUGCUGGAGCAGAUUUUGUAAUGGUAGGUGGUAUGUUUGCUGGACAUGAUGAAUGUGGAGGUGAUAUUAUUGAAAAGGAUGGAAAAAAGUUCAAACUUUUUUAUGGUAUGGCUUCAAACACAGCAAUGAAAAAACAUGCUGGAGUUGCUGAAUAUAGAUCAUCAGAAGGUAAAACUGUGGAAGUACCUUACAAAGGCCCAGUAGAUAAUACUGUAUUAGAUAUAUUAGGCGGUUUGCGUUCUGCAUGCACAUAUACAGGAGCUGAACGAUUACGUGAAUUACCACGUCGUGCUACAUUUAUACGUUGUACGCAACAAUUAAAUCCAAUGUAUGGUCCACCGCCAGAAAUCUGAAGUUAUUUUAAUUACCUAAUAUAUUGUAGUACAAUUUUAAUAAAAAUGAUAUUAUUGGGAAUAAUAUUAUUAACGUAGACUAUUAACGAAUACUAUUAUUUGCUGGUAAUCUCUAUGUAAAAAUUUAGAAGCUUUAAUUAAUGUAAGUCUCGAUACGUUUUGACGACGAAUUUUAAAUUGCAUUGAAUUCAAUGUAUUUGAAAAAAAAACAACGCUUAACAGCACAAACAGAUAUUUUAUUUUUAUAUUUAUAUUCUCUUCAUUAAUGCUUUAUGCUUAUCUAUUACAUAACUUGUACUUGCACAGAGUGUUUCAACUAAAUGGGAUCAACUAAAUAAGAUGAAAGAACUAUGUGUGCCCUUUGAAACAGUGCAACUUUGUCCUAAAAAGUUUUUUUAUACAACCAAAAAUAAGGCAAAUAAUUAGAUAAUCCCAUUUAUUUGAGACACACUGCAUAUCGCUACAGAUAUUUAAUAUACAAAUACAAACUACUAACGUUAGAGUGAAAUAUUCAUAAUUGUAUUUUAUAAAAUUAUUCUGUAAAGUUAAGAAAAUUAUAUGUUUGUUAUAUAUGUGCAUAUAGUUUUUAAUAAAUUGAUUAUUAAUGUACAUGUAGAAAAUAACUUUUUGUACAAU